AUAAAUCAAUAAUAACAUUAACAAAAGAUCAAGAAAUCAACGAAACCAAUAACAAUUACGAAUUAAAUUUUAAUAAUAGUGUUUUAAUUAAUGUAAAUAACAAUAACAUUGAAACAAUUAAUGAAGAGAUGAUUAAGAAUUCAACAAUGAAAUCAACCGAUUUAACAACAUUCCAGAACAAAUCAACAACUAACGCAACGAAUCAACAGUCAACAACACCGGUUAAUGGAAUCAACAAUAAUCCAUAUUUCUUCUACACCGGAUUCCAAUGUUCUCCAACAAAUUUAAUAAUGUCCAGUGGACAAUGCUCUCCAAGUGAUACACUAGAUAGUGGUACUUGUAGUGAUUUGGAUAUGACACCGCCACCAUUACCAAAAAAGAAAAACUCGAAAACGAAUCUGAAUUCAACAUCCACGGUAUCCAUUACCGCAAUCAAUGGAAAGAAAAAUGGUGAUUCAAGUGCUGAAGAAUGUGAGGACUCUGAAAGUAAUGUAAGCUGUGAUUCAUUAAAUGAUGGAUCCUCGGAUUUAUUAAUAAUGGAAUCAACACCAGCGAAAUCUACAACGAUUUUACCUCGGAAUUUAUUACAAGAUAUUCGAGAACAUCGUAAUAAUGUUAAAAAUACAUCAACAAAAGACAAUGUAGAAACAAAAAUAAUUCCACAACCACCGGUGGUUGCAAGUGUUCUAGAAAAAACAACAACACCCGCGAAGGUUCUAAUCAAUGAGAGUACGUAUGAGGAUAGGAAAAAAGAGAAACAAGAUAGUGGUAAAAAUAAUAAUAUAAUUAGUGGUAAUUAUUUAUAUGAAACGGACCGAUUUUAUAAAUUUCAUUUAAAUGAGAAUGUGUUUAGUGAUAAUGUGUCAUCAGCAUCAUCUUCGUUGGUGUCAUCGCCAACUGAUACAAUUGAUGAUGAGAAUGAAUGUUUUGCCGGGUAUAAAGAUUUAUUAGGUGGUGAAGUGGCAUCAACAAUACGUAGUGCUAAGGGUACAGUUCGUGGUGUUAAAAAUCGUGUACGAGCUGGUAUUGCGACAUUCUUACAGAUUCAACAGACUACAACCAAGAGUUAUCGUGAAAAAGAUGCUGGUAAAGUGGUUGUAUAUUCAACAACAAUGGGUAUUGUUCGUAAUACAUAUCAUGAAUGUUUGAAAGUAAAACAAAUAUUACGUACACAUAUGGUGAAAUUCGAAGAACGUGAUGUAUUUAUGAGCAGUGAAUAUCAAGCAGAAAUUCGUGAUCGGAUGCAAAGUGAACAAAUAUUAAUACCACAAGUAUUUGUUGAUGGUCAACAUAUUGGUGAUGCUGAAACAAUUGACCGAUUGAAUGAAUCUGGUGAAUUAAGAAGAAUUUUAAAACCUUAUAAGAGUGCGGAUGCUUGCAGUACAUGCCAAGUUUGUGGUGGUUAUAGACUAUUACCGUGUCCUGUAUGUAAUGGCAGCAAAAAAUCAGUACAUCGAAAUCAUUUUACAACGGAAUUCGUUGCUCUUAAAUGUAUGAAUUGUGAUGAAGUGGGCCUAGUACGAUGUUAUAAUUGUUAAUAAAUGAAUAUCAUUUAAAUUAAAAUAUAUUUUUUAAAUAAUUGAUUUUUUUGGGUCAAAAAACUAUAGAAGACAUAUUUAUGUAAUCUAAAAUGAUGGGCGAUGCGAAAAUCUGCAAAAUUUGAAACAAGUCAUCGAUGUAUGUAACAGAUAAAAAUUACAGUCCUAUGUCGUGUACUAUUAAACAAUGUAAGUAUCCUUGUAUCCGGGUCCUUUGUUCAUGGAAUUUUAGGAUUGUGUUUUCAUAACUAGUGUCUGUUAUAUGACCAUAAUUUUUAUCUGGUACGUUAAACUUAAGUCAAUAAAAUGCAUCAGGAUUGGCUAGUCAAGUGUAGAAUUUUAGUAUUUGAAUUUUGCGGUAUGCUUUUUAUGGAUACUAUAGUUUAAAGUGCCGAAAAUUCUAAAAAAAUAUUUUGUUACAUUUUAAACCUAAUCAUUAUUUGAUAAUGUAAAGAGUACAGUGGAAUUCGUUUACUAUGACAACAAGAAAAAUACCAUCAAUGCCAGAAACAGGUUAGGGGCAUUGAAUUAUGCCAUAGGAAUUGAGUAUUAUAAUAUAUGUAUACGAUUUCAUAAUAUUUGAUUAUGAUUGGCAUAUUAGGCUGCGUUCACAAACAAAUUUUGGUGCCAAUAGAAAACAUAAAUAUUUCCGUUUUAUGUGUUCUCAUCAAAAUCGUAAUAAAUGAGUCCCACUAAAAGCAAUAUAAACGUACCUUUUAACUAAACAACAACAAAAAAUAGUACUUAAAAUAUAAAAU